AUGCCUAUUGUCUCGGGAGGCAGCAACCAGGACUAUAGUAACAUUAGCUACGGUUCUUGUAGUUCCUUGAACCAUCUGUUCCCUAUCUCUGUUGACACCCCUUCUGUCAAAGGGGUCCACUAUCAAAGGGCCAGGAGGAUUUACCACCCUGAUCAGCUCUGUACAGUUGAUGUGAAGAGGGAGAUCAUCAUAAAUGUUGGAGGAAUCAAAUACCUGCUGCCUUGGAGCACUUUAGAUGAAUUCCCACUGACCCGGCUAAGCAAGCUAAAGUUUUGCAGCAGCUACGAUGAAAUUAUUCAGCUGUGUGAUGAUUAUGAUGAAGACACCCAUGAGUUCUUCUUCGACCGGAAUCCCAACGCUUUUGGGAUGAUCGUCAGCUUUCUAGCAGCAGGGAAGCUGAUGCUCUUCCGAGACAUGUGUGCCUUGUCAUUCCAGGAGGAGCUGAGAUACUGGGGAAUUGAGGAAUCCAACUUGGAGAAAUGCUGCUUCCGAAAACUGUUUCAAAAACUGCAGGAGCUGGCAGAGAUGCACAAAGAGGAAGAGAUGCAAAUGAGCAAGGAGACCACAUGUGUCUUGGUUGAGGAAACACAAGUUGAACAAUUUAUGAAUAAACUCAGGGAUAUGGUUGAAAAUCCCCAGUCAGGACUCCCAGGAAAAGUCUUUGCUUGUCUCUCCAUCCUCUUUGUGGCCACCACAGCUAUAAGCCUUUGUGUUAGCACAAUGCCGGACUUAAGAGCCGAAGAAGACAGGGGUGAAUGUUCUCAGAAGUGCUAUUACAUCUUUGUCAUCGAGACCAUCUGCGUGGCUUGGUUCUCGCUGGAGCUCUGCCUCCGAUUUAUUCAGGCGAAGAGCAAGUGUCACUUCUUCAGAGGCCCCCUAAAUAUCAUUGAUUUCUUGGCUAUUUCACCCUAUUAUGUUUCCCUCAUAGUGGUAGAUGACGAGCCAAGUGAGGAAGCCGAGAGGCCGAGCAGCAACUCAUAUUUGGAGAAGAUCGGACUGGUGCUACGAGUUUUACGUGCCUUGAGGAUCUUGUAUGUAAUGCGCCUUGCCAGGCACUCAUUAGGCCUGCAGACUUUAGGGCUCACGGUUCGAAGGUGCACCCGAGAAUUUGGCCUGCUUUUGCUCUUCUUGUGUGUAGCUGUCACCCUGUUUUCUCCCCUGGUCUACCUGGCUGAGAAUGAAUCUGGGAAGGUCCUUGAAUUUACAAGCAUUCCUGCCUCAUACUGGUGGGCUAUCAUCUCAAUGACCACUGUGGGAUAUGGAGAUAUGGUACCAAGAAGUGUCUCGGGCCAGAUGGUGGCACUGAGUAGCAUCCUCAGUGGGAUUCUAAUUAUGGCUUUCCCAGCAACCUCGAUAUUCCACACUUUCUCUCAUUCCUAUUCAGAGUUGAGAAAACAACAUGAAAGAUUACAGUCCCGGCUAAACAGGAUAAAAAACACCAAUCACUCCGGUGAAAUGGAUACCUUCAAUGAGACAGACAGCUUGAUUUCAGAGGCGCCAAUGUCACCGAUUAAGUACAUUUACACAGGAAACUAA